CGACCUGCAAUCGAUCUCCAGCUCCUAUUCUCAGUCGAAUCUGACCGAGCGAGACUAGAGGCUUUCGCGGAGGGGUCGAUGCACCUCCACAACGGAAUGAGCCCUAGAGCAACCGUCGAGAGAUCUCAUGCCAGGAUGUCGUCCCAUAGGAGAGCUGGUGAUGUCCAAAAACCAAUAUCAAUACUCCGACAUCCAGGAGAUGUAAAUCCGACUGUUGGCUUUGGACAAGUCAGCAGACAAGAUGUCACGGAUAGAGUGCUCGCUGCAGGUCGUUAAUCGUGCCGAACUCGACCAAUACGAAUACAAAGCUUUGUCUUGUGCUUGGGGUGAUGAUGACCCAUUCGGACAAAACAAAUGUCGAGUAUCCGCCGCGGGGAAAUCUAUGAAACCUCCAGUCGCAGAUUAUGAGAAGGAUGUCUCAGAUGUCUACAUCGAGUUUGUCAAGCACUGUGUCGACAAGACAGGGAGGUUGGACACCAUCUGCCGCCAUUGGCCCCUUCCGAUUAAGAAGCCUCGGUCCCGAGGGGUGUCCAAGAAGGGACAUAGAGUCAGAGAACCAGUUGCAGUAUACGAGCCGAUGCCAUCGUGGAUCGGAAUGCUUAAAGAUUCGGCAUAUGGGUCCCCUGGGAAAUAUACCGGCAGACGCAAUGGUGAUAGCCUCGUCGGACGACCAUUCAAGCGCGUGUACACUGCUAGCAAAGGACAUGAUGCUGACUGCUUCUUUGAAGAGACGCAAAUGCUGGAAGACCAAUUGACUGUGCAAUUGAAUGGGACUGAAACCAACAGAACAACUUCAAAGUCACCGCAGGAUACUGGAGAAGUCAACAGUAAUUAGCUUGGGGAAUAGAGCUCGGGCGGAUCAUCCUUAUCUCUCCUCGCGUUUCGGAUGGCACCAUUCAGCGAGAAUGCCUUCAU